UUUCAAAGUAAGAAAAAGAAAGAAAUUAUAGAAAAAAAAUGUUGAAACUAAUUAUUCAUGAAAUAAAUAAAUUAAUAAUUUUUUCCUUAAUGAAAAUAAAAUUUCCAAGUGACAAUGAUCUCGAAAGUUGAAAUUGGCUAGGAAAACCCCACGCUAACCUUCUUUCGCUUUAUCUUUCCAUUCCGGCAACAUGUCCCUCUGAAAAUGUUCAAUCAAAUUCCCUCGCUUCUCCAGGAGCUUGCGAAGUCCCAUCAAACUUUAUCAAUAACCAAGCAGUUGCAUGCUUCGAUCACCAGAGCCCACCUCGCACAUGACUCAUUUUAUGCUACUAAAAUUUUAAGAUUUUACGCCCUGAACAAUGACCUUCGAUCUGCUUGCAACCUGUUCGAUAAAACUCCUCAACGCAGCGUUUUCCUCUGGAAUUCCUUCAUUCGAGCUUUUGCCCGAGCCCACAAAUUCAAUGAAGCGCUGCUGCUGUAUACAAAGAUGCUAGGAACCCCAAUCAAACCCGAUAACUUUACUUAUGCAUGUCUUAUACGAGCUUGCCAUGAGAACUUUGACCUCGAUGGGUUGAGACUUGUACAUGGAGGACUAAUUGUUUCUGGGUUGGGAUUGGAUUCCGUUUCCUGUAGUGCACUAGUAACAGCUUAUUCAAAGAUGGGACUUGUUAGCGAAGCGCGCCAGGUUUUUUCCAGGAUAUCUGAACCAGAUUUGGUUCUGUGGAAUUCUUUGAUUUCUGGUUAUGUUUAUUGUGAAUUUUGGGCUGAAGGGUUGCGGUUGUUUAAUGGAAUGCGAGAAAAUGGGAAGCAGCAGCCAGAUGGUUACACAUUUGUUGGGAUCAUCUCAGGUUUAAUGGAUUUUAGUUUGCUGGGAGUUGGCCUAGGGAUUCAUGGGCUAUGCUUAAAAAGUGGCUUUGAUUGCAAUGCUUAUGUAGGCAGUGCACUUGUAAGCAUGUAUUCAAGAUUCAAAUGCAUGAAUUUAGCAUAUGGUGUUUUUAUCAGUUUAUGCCAGCCUGAUUUAGUUGCGUGGUCUGCUUUGAUAACAGGAUAUUCGCAGUCUGGAGAUCAUAAGAAGGCACUGUUGUUCUAUAGGAAUCUAUCUGUGGAAGGUAAGAAGGCAGAUACCAUUUUGGUUGCCAGUGUAUUGGCGGCUGCUGGCCAUUUGGCAGAUGGUAGGUGUGGUUCAGAGAUUCAUGGUUAUGUUCUUCGACAUGGAUUUGAAUCUAAUAUCAUGGUUUCUUCUGCUCUGAUAGAUAUGUAUUUGAAGUGUGGUUAUGUAGGAUUUGGGAUUCGAGUCUUUGACGGUUCGCCCAAUAGAAAUAUUGUUUCCUACAAUUCAGUAAUUUCAGGUCUGGGUUUGCAUGGACUUGCUGCUCAGGCUUUUAAACUGUUCGAGGAGAUGAUAGAGAAAGGGAUGAAACCUGACGAAUCUACAUUCUCUUCUCUUCUUUGUGCUUGCUGCCAUAGUGGCCUUGUCAAAGAUGGCUGGGAAAUUUUUAGGAUAAUGGUGGAUGAGUUUUACUUCCCUCCUAAAACAGAGCAUUAUGUUCACAUUGUGAAGCUCCUGGGGAUGGCAGGGCAAUUGAAAGAGGCAUACAACUUUAUCUUGUCCUUGACACAGCCAGUGGACUCUGGAAUUUGGGGAGCUCUUUUAUCAUGUUGUGAUAAUCCUGGGAGUUCUGAGUUGGCAGAAAUAGUAUCCCAGCAUCUCUUUGAUAAUGAGCCUAGAAAAGGUUCUUACAGAGUUAUGCUUUCUAAUAUUUAUGCCAGUGAUGGGAGGUGGGAUGAUGUAAAGAAGAUGAGAGAUGAUAUAGACAAUUCUGGAGUAAGGAAAAUUCCUGGCGUUAGUUUUAUUGGAGGUAGUUGCAGUUAAUCAAUGAAAUGAUACGUUGUAUCUCUGAUCAUCUUCAAACCCGAUCAUGCCGAUUAUCAGAGGUUUCAACCUUUCGGCAUGUUCAUCAAGCAAAGGCAGCAGAUCCAACUGCUUCAAAGUAGUGAUGUACUGCAAACCUUCAGGGAGCAUCCUUAGACGCAAGCAGUUGUGGAAGUGGAGGUAUUGUAAGCUUGGCAGUG